CAUCAACCAGAGAUUUUAAGGGGAAAAAAAAAGUUUAAGAGUGAAAUUCACACACUUGUAAGAAUUUCCAGCAUUUCGAAUUCAUAACCUUUUCAAGAUUCAAUUUUUAGCCCACCACCACAAUCUGCUUGAUGCUGUUCGAAAACAUCACUUCUCCACAAAGAUUCCAUUUCUUUCUUUUUCAAAAUUCCAAGUUUUGAAGGUUCCCUCUUUCAUUUUUCACUUGCAUUUGAAGCUGCCCACCUCAGAUCCAUGAUUAGGUAGAUAAUCCCAUGAAUAUCAUUUCCAUGAUUAUAAAUGUGUCAGCAGGUGAUGUUUAGUCCGCCAGUGAAUAAUGUCAAGAACAUCAAAGUGGAAGCUUGAGAAGACGAAAGUGAAAGUUGUCUUCCGCCUCCAAUUUCAUGCCACACAUAUUCCACAGACCGGAUGGGAAAAGUUGUUUAUAACGUUCAUCCCUGCUGACACAGGAAAGCCAACAGCUAAGACGACCAAAGCAAAUGUACGAAACGGAAGUUGUAAAUGGGGCGAUCCUAUUUAUGAAACUACGAGGCUUCUUCAAGAUUCCAAAAGCAAACAAUACGAUGAGAAGCUCUACAGCCUCGUUGUUGCCAUGGGAUCCUCACGGGCUAGCGUACUUGGUGAGGCUACAAUCAACCUUGCUGAUUAUGUAGAUGCGUCCAAGCCUAUCGUUGAAGCAUUUCCUCUUCACGGCUGCAACUUUGGAACUGUAUUGCAUAUCACCAUCCAGCUUCUGACAUCAAAGACCGGAUUUAGGGAGUUCGAGCAGCAGAGAGAACUCAGAGAAAAAGGAUUAGAAUCAGGGGUCGAUCAGUAUGGAGUCGUCAAUGAUCAGACGGAUGAGGCGAGGACGAAAUUUAAAGCAGAUGCUAGCGAGCUCUCUUCCCUCGAAGAGGAGGCGAUUGAUGGCUCCUCAAACACUUCUGGAAGUUUGUAUGCGGAGAAGCAUGAGACGUCUUUUACAAACGAGCUUGAUGGAGUCAAUUGUACAAUAUCCGGUGGUCUGAACGAGCUUUCUCCGCAUAGAUCGAGCAAUUCCAUGGAUCAUGAGUUGGCAACGGCUUGUCUGGUGAACGGCCAACUCAGAGGAAGCUUAGAAUCGGCUGAAUCGUCUCUGUUCAACCUCAAGCUUGAAGUCAGCUCGUUGCAAGGCGUGGCCGAUGAGUUAAGCGCUGAAACGCAAAAGCUCUCACAUGAGCUCGCCGCUGAGAUGUCUUCGGCUGAAGAAUUGACGAACGAGGUCUUGUUUAUGAAAUCGGAGUGCGUGAAGUUUAAGGAUGAUAUCGCUCGGCUUAAAGAUUCGAAGCUGACCCCUCGAACACCUCUUGUGGAAGCUCGGGAUGAUCAGGUCGAUCGCGUUGUUCGGGACAUGCGCCUUCAGUUUUCAAAUGGGAUUUCUGUAGUUGAAGGCAAGAUAAGAGAACUUCAGAAGACAACAUAUGUCGUCCCCCACGACGGAGACACGAAAUUCAUUCAUCAAGAGCUCGAGACGUUGCUCGAUUUUCUGAAUGAUUUCAAACUCGGAAACGAUGAAGUGACGACGAAGAUCAGAGAAACGAGUCAGUUUGAGUCCGGAAACGUGUUUGGUUUGGAUUUGUGUCCUCCCGAAAGUGUCCUUCAGCAUUUCAGUUUGAGCCCUCCCGUGUCCGACGUGGUUAGCCCUAUCGAUGCAAUGAAAACUCAAAUUUUCGAUCUCGUGAGGGAGCUGGAUGAGGCCAAAGUCGAGAAGGAAGGCCUCACCCAAAAAAUGGAUCAAAUGGAGCUCUACUACGAGGCCCUUAUUCACGAGCUCGAGGUUAGCCAGAAACGCCUGCUGGGAGAGCUGCAGCUCCUGAGAAAUGACCACACAACGUGCCUGUACGCACUAUCUGCCAGCAAAACCGAAGCGGAAUCUCUUCGUGAAGAGACGAAUCAGCAGAUGCUUCAAUUUUUGAACGAGAGGCGAUGUUUGGAAGCCGGUAACGAGGAGCUCGAGAGAAGGGCGAUAAGUUCAGAAGCUGCACUUAGAAGAGCCCGUCUUAAUUACUCGAUCGCAGUGGAUAAGUUACAAAAGGACCUCGAGCUGCUCUCUUCGCAGGUUACAUCGAUGUUUGAGGCUAACGAAAACCUCAUAAAGCAGGCUUUGCCUUCCCAACCAGAUCCACGAGUUGAAGAGGACGACGCUACAAAAUUCGCUCAAAACCAAAAUUCGGGUUUGGGGAGAACAUCCGUCUCAAUGCAGGAAGAUCUUUAUCGGAAGGUUGAAGAAGAACUCGUUGAAAUGCAUUCGAUAAACUUGAACUUGGAUAUAUACUCGAAAGCAUUGGAACAGUCCUUGCGCGAGAAGACGAGUGAACUGGUGGAGGAGUUGAAAAGCUCGACCGCUUCUCAAAACCAUCUGAUGUUACGGCUGCAGAAGGCUACUGAUGAGAUAAAUGAACUCCACGAGUUCAAAUCGAGUAGCAUUUCCCAGUGUAGUGAAAUGGCUCUGCAAAACCAGCUUUUAGAAGAUAAAUUGGUGAGCGUUUUGGAGGAAAAUUGUCUUCUCGCAGAGAAGCUGAUCGACCGGGAAAGCACGUUGUCGGAGCUCAGAAACUGCCAGAGCAAAUAUGUAGCUUGUUUGGCCGAGAACACGGAGCUGUCGCUUCAGUUAAAACAAGAAGCAUUUGAAAAUGAGAAACUUAAAGCCGAAUUCGAUGAGCAGAAAGCUGAUCUGGAACGAAAAGUUCGAGAUCUCAGUCUUAGUUCGAGCAAGGAUGAGCAGCAGAGAGCUGAACUCGUGCGCGUUAGGGAGCUAGCAUCACGUCUUGAGUUGGAGAAAUCGAAACUUGGCCAUCUAGUGGAGGAACUCGAGAAAAACAGCUCGUGCCAAGCUAGUCUCGAAUGCCAGUUGUCAGAUAUGCACGAUUACACGCUUGCUGCGGAUGUUAAACUUGUUUAUAUUUCGAACAAAUACGAAACUGUACUGGAGGAACUGCAGAGGCUUGCAUCCUCGGACGCACUUCUGAGAGAUCUUCAGGAGAGGUUUCACGAUAUGGAGUCGAUGCUGAGUCAUAGUCGUGCAGGUGAAUCUGACUGGAGACGAGAAAGAGAUAGCUUGUUGGGGAGUCUCAAAAGCUUAAGAUCCAACUUAGAACAGUGCGAAACGAAAAAUGAAGAACUGAAGCAGCUGCUCUCAAUGUCGAAAAAGGAUGGGGAAGAGAUGCUUGUGAGGCUACGAGAUGCAAUUGAUGAGAUCGAAAACAGGAAGAAAUCCGAGGCUGUGAGCUUGAAGAGGAACGAAGAGCUCUCGACUAGACUCUCAGCAUUGGAAGCGGAACUGCUCUCUGUGAUCAUAGAAAAGCGCGAAAAGAGCAAUGCUUAUGGCAGAACAAAGGCCGAAAUGGAACGUGCGCUACUAAGCCUAGAAUGCUGCAAGGAGGAAAACGAAAAGCUCGCUGCUUCAUUGCUAGAAUUCGAGGCUCAAAAAUCUCAUCUGGUCAAUGAACUCGCCUCGAUGAAGGGACAGUUGGAGGAUCUGAAAUCUUCAACUGGGAAUCUACAAACAUUUCGGGAAGCUGCUCCGCACGUACAGAUCAACGGGGAGACUUCAGAUGCUAACGACGAGCAUUUGGGAGCGCAAAGACUGAAAUCCAGCAUCGAGUAUUCGCACGAAGAGCUGGAAAGAUGAAAAAUGAAAACGCGAUCUUCAACACGGGAGACGAUCAAGAUACGCAAGAGGCUAGUGCUGUUGGACCGGUCAUCGUCCGAUAACGUGAGGGACCAUCGUUAUCCUUUGUAGGCGCAAUGUCUUGCUUCGAUUUUCAUGCUGCUUUCUCCUUGCGUGCCUGUCGGUGCAAAUGAAGCUGAAGAAGUCAAUGCCCCGAUGCUGUCGGCUGCUGAGCCUCGACGGCCGAGAGCGCGGCGUAGAUAGGCUAUUGCAGUGGCUAACGUUGCAUAGAUGUUUUGUAGUUGUCAUAAUUUAUGAGAUUAGUACUUUCCAAACUUCUUUUGCCCUUUUAAUGUUAUAUAGUACUAGUAAUAGUAAUUAACUAUGUAUACAAACGACUAAUUCAUAUUUCUAGUACUUUCGAAA